AUGUGUCUGUCAGCCCUCAGGUCCUUGGAUGAGCCAAUGAGGAUUGACCCCUGCUGUCUCCUGGCCCCUCCCCCACCCCCACUCUUCCCUCCACCCUCCCUGCUCUGGAAACAAGGGACUACGGGAGAGAUCGGACGACCAGGGUCAAAGGGAGAGAAAGGAGAGCUGGGGCUGAUGGGUCUGCCGGGGUUGAGAGGACCACCUGGAACCAAGGUCCUGCUGGUCCCUCUGGUCACCCUGGACCCCCUGGACAACCUGCCUCAGGUAAGAUAUGACCCCCUGGACUACCUGCCUCAGGUAAGAUCCCCUGGACUACCUGCCUCAGGUAAGAUAAGACCCCCUGGACUACCUGCCUCAGGUAAGAUAAGACCCCCUGGACUUCCUGCCUCAGGUAAGAUAAGACCCCCUAGACUACCUGCCUCAGGCCUGUACCUGGUAGGGGAGAAGGGAGAUAAGGGUGUAGCGGGAUCUCCAGGUGUCUGUGACUGUAACACCUACGGUGGUAACACCCCUUUGGGAGUCAACAACCCACACUACGGCAGUUACACCCAACGAGGCAACUACCACAAAGUCCCUGUGAUCUUUGUAGUGGACAGUGAGGAGGAGUUGGAUCGUCUCCACACGGUCAAUGCCAUCGCCUUCAGGAAGGACCAGAGAUCCCUCUACUUCAAAGACAAAGAUGGCUGGCAGCCCAUACAGCCCUUCAAGCCACUCCAGUCGACAGAGAAGGUUCCGGAGCGGGUGGGUGUGUGUGGGGACGGACUGGUGCAGAACAGAGAGGAGUGUGAUGAUGGAAACAACGUCGUCACAGAUGCCUGUCUCAAUUGUAGGUGGGCGUACUGUGGAGAUGGCUAUCGUCAUGAGGGCAUGGAGGAGUGUGAUGGAAAAGACUUUGGUUACCAGACCUGCACAUCAUAUCUCCCUGGGUCUUUUGGCCAUCUCAGAUGUACUGGGUCCUGUUCCAUCGAUUCUACUGGCUGCAAAUACUUUACCUGA